AUGGGCAAAGUCAAGAAGAUUAUCCGCUCAAUGCGUGCUCGGCUAACAACAUCAAGCUUUGGAAGGAGCGAUGAUUCCACGGAUUCGUCCAUACCUAGUGUGAGGAGCAGAUCAAGAUCAACUUCCGAGGCCGACGCAACGGUCUGCAGCGGAUCACAAAUAACAAUGAUCUCCAACUUGGUAUCCGAGGAACCUCUCUGCUCCAUCACUGCGACACUGGACAGAACGCUGAGCAACUUUGUUUCCUUCGGAGAUCAGGCCAAUGGGGACACAGUUCACCUGGACGCACGGGUCGCUCUCCAAGUCAAUAUUACCAUACUGCGUUUCGUCGAGAGGUUACCAUUUGAUGAGCUGCAACUCGUUGGUCGAGGGUCUACGGUCUCCUUUUCCCCCAACGACAACGACACGAUAACUAGUGACUCAAGCUUGUCUUUCGCAUGUCGCUCAGCAAGGGAAGUCGAACGCGACCAUGCAGCCCGCCGACGUGGACACGAUGGGGGCGUCGCGCACGAACAACUCAAUCGCGUAUUUCCAGAGUCCGCCGAAGGAUCGUUCGCCAGAUCAAGGGCGCUGAAUGUCACUAGUGUGAAAAACAGCAUGGUCAAUCCGUUGGCAAUCCAUUCAGUGCGACAAUCAGAGCAGGAGUGUACGCAACGGAAACGUAACAACGACGAGAAUCCGUUUGGUGGGCUUGCUGGUCCAACGCACCGCGAUAGAGUCGAAUAUUGGCUCAUUCACCAAGAAGACUUCAGUAUAAAGGCAGAGGCGGAUUCUUCGGGUCCGCAAUACCGCAACGUUGAUCUUUCAUUUAGACCGCAAGCGCACAUGGAUCGCACCCCUUCCUUUACAAGACGGUCGUUUGACUCCUGUGAUCUCUUUCUGGAGUCUAUUGGUCUUCUGGCCGCCAAGAAUGAUCGUGAAACGGUUGGUGACGAAGAUUUCGACAAUCUGCCAGACUGGUCUGAUGUAGAGGACGAUCCAGAAUACAACGUGUUCAUCGAGAAGCCGGGGUAUCAGCGGUCAGAAAGCGCAACAUCGUCUAAUUUCACUGCAGAACUGAAAGGUGCGAACGACGAGCUUGUACGAUGUCCGCAGCACAUGAUGAGUGACGAAGAGGCGCUGCCAGAUUGGUCGGACUUGGAAGAUGAAGCAGAAUACAACAAAGCCGAAAAGCAGUCGUUUGCCAGCGACCCCAGUGUCGCAGAGGGCGAUGAAGUCACGUCGAGAACAGGGUCAGAGCAGGAAGGAAGCUCAUCAGAGGAGUCGUGGGAUACCAAGACGGCGACUAUUCCAGAUUUGGCCACUAGCGGAUUCGCGUUGUGGUCAGGAGCUGGGCUGGACUCGCGCAACCCCCCCCACGGCCGCAGCGACGGCACCAUGUUGAAACCGCUGGCUGGCCGUUUGGCACGGCGGCCAUGGAGAUUCCUCUUCCCCGGCCUCCUGAUCUUCUUCUUCAUAUACACCCUCUCGCAUCGGAGAGCAUCACAUCCGCAGGCGCCCGUCCACAAAGCAAAGACAAAGUCGUUUUUCCCGCCCCUCGAGACCAAAGCCGCCAAUUCCAUCGAGCUCGACUACUGCCAGAAUUUCCCUACAAAGCUGCUCGAAGAGGUGCAGGUCGUCCUCAAGGUGGCCUCAGACGGCGCACACGAGACCAAAGCACACCUCAGCACCGUAUCGAGCUGCAUCACAAACCUCAUCAUCGUGGGUGAUCGGGAAGAGCGAUUGGGCGACCGCCAUGUUAUCGACAUCCUUGCCGAACUCCCCAAGAGCUACCAAAAGGACAACGUCGACUUCCAAAUCUAUGUCGAGCACAAGAAGGCACACGAAGGUGGGGAGACGGUCAAGGAGCAGCAGCGGUCCUUCAAGCUCGAUCGCUUCAAGUACCUGCCCAUGGUAGAUAAGGCAUACAUGACAAACCCCUCGGCAAAGUGGUUCGUCUUCAUUGAGUCGGACGUCUACUUCUUCUGGGAUACCCUGUUCCGUCUGCUUAGCCAGCUCGACGCCUCGCAACCACACUAUCUGGGUGAACCGCACAAGGGAUCCGAGGGCCGUCAGUUUGCCUAUGGGGGCGCAGGCUUUGUUCUCUCCCAGGGUCUCCUCAAGCAAUUGAUUCCAGCCAAGAGCCCAGGCUCGAAUGAUAUCCCGCGUGAGAACCGACUAGGCGUCAGGUACGAGCAGUGGGUCAAGGAGGAGCAGCGCGGCGACGCUGUGCUUUCCUACGCCAUCCAAAACGCUACUGGACACAAGCUCGAGGCCAUGUACCCGACCUUUGCAAGCGACAAGCCCAAGGAUGUCACGACCACACGUGACAAGUGGUGCGUCCCCAUGCUCUCGCUGCAUCAGCUCAAACCCCAGCAAAUGGAAGACUUGUGGAGAUGGGAGAGGACACGGCCAUACAAUACUAAACCAUUCACAUACUCGUCGUUCCUAUCCUACACGCACAACUUCCUGUCACAGGGUCCCUCGAAGGAAUGGUGGGACAACCUCUCGCAAGCGCCCGUCCCCAACGACCGCCCCGCGCACCGCAAUGCUGGCUCGUGCGGAUCAGAAUGUGCUAAUGAUGGCAACUGCCUGCAAUGGUCUUACUCUCAAACCGUGUGCCGUCAUGCCGACUACAUCAGGCUUGGGGAUGCUGUAGACAGGGAGAACGGCGGCCAAGGAGAGUUUGUCAGUGGUUGGGAUACCGGAAAGCUACGUAACAUGGGCUUCGGUGUUGAGAGCGAAAACGGCCAGAGACAAUUCUACGAGGGUUGCAUCGAAGCCACAUGGCUGACCCCGCAGCAAGUGUAG